AGGAAGUCGGUGAGAGGGAAGAGUCCGGGCAAGGACUCCGGAGCCCCAUCGAACAGCGCCACCAUGUCCAAGCCCUCCGACCACAUCAAGCGACCCAUGAACGCCUUCAUGGUGUGGUCCCGGGGCCAGCGUCGGAAGAUGGCCCAGGAGAACCCUAAAAUGCACAACUCGGAGAUAAGCAAGCGCCUCGGGGCCGAGUGGAAGCUGCUGUCGGAGGCCGAGAAGCGCCCUUACAUCGACGAAGCCAAGCGCCUGCGCGCGCAGCACAUGAAGGAGCACCCCGACUACAAGUACCGGCCCCGCCGAAAGCCCAAGAACCUGCUCAAGAAGGACAGGUAUGUCUUCCCCUUGCCUUACCUCGGAGACACUGACCCCCUAAAGGCGGCAGGGCUCCCCGUGGCAGCCACGGACUCUCUGCUCAGCUCCCCGGAGAAGGCGCGGGCCUUCCUGCCCCCCACCUCCGCACCUUACUCGUUACUUGACCCCAGCCAGUUCAGCUCCAGCGCCAUCCAGAAGAUGACGGAGGUGCCCCACACCUUAGCCACCAGCACCCUGCCCUACGCCUCCACCUUGGGAUACCAGAACGGGGCCUUUGGCACCUUGAGUUGCCCCAGCCAGCACACUCACACUCACCCGUCGCCGACCAACCCGGGCUACGUGGUGCCCUGUAACUGUACGGCUUGGUCUGCCUCCAGUUUGCAGCCUCCAGUCGCCUACAUAUUAUUCCCAGGCAUGACCAAAACUGGAAUAGACCCCUAUUCUUCAGCGCACGCCACAGCCAUGUAA